AUGGCCGUGACCAUACUACGCCCCGUUUGGAACGAAUAUCGCCUAAGCGUCGGCUCUUGGACACCAAGCCAGGCAAGCCUCGAGUUUACUAUCUUUGACGAACUCGAGCAUUGGGUACUCCGCGACAACGGGUACGACGCAGAUGACGAACUACCAUCAUUCGUCAACACCGAGCAAGAAUCAUCGGCAGGCAACCCCUCAAGCCCCGAACCACUAGACAUCUUCUCCUUCCUUACGAGAAUUCGGGACAAUGCGAGCGCGUUGUACGAUAUCACCAACCACCACCCAACCCUCACCCCGAUCUCUGAGCAAGCACACAUCCAGGUCCUCAUCGAACAGGUUCAGCAGGUCGUCAACACCCUUCACAAUCUCCAACGGCUCGUCAGCCCACCCCUUCCCCCCAUCCCCGUUAGCCACGACCCAGAAGAACGCCACGGAUCCAGUUACUUUACUGCUCGAAUUCGUGAACAGGCCGAGAAUCUUCAUAACAUUCAGAGUCUUUUGGACCCGGACUUCGCCAAACACUGCCGACGCCUACAUCUACUCAUUGGGGCCAGGGAACUAUACGAAUCUCACCGUCGCAUCAUUCGAAACGGAUACGAGUCCCCUGACGCUAGUUCCGAUUCCGACUAUUCGGCGACUCUACGCAACUUCCACCUGGACUAG